AUGCUGUAUCUAACGUCGGAUAACUUUCCUAUAUUUGUACCAUUUGGGAUUAUAGGCUUCUAUCGCUACUUAUGGUUCCUCAUACGAAUGUCCGCGUCCUGGGCGUACCGACCGAUCCCCCUGCCCGAGAAUCCGACGUACAUCGCCGCCGAGGACGUCACAAUCAUUGUCCCAACCAUCGACGCUGGCGAAGAGUUCAAGGAAGCUGCGCACUCCUGGCUCGUCGGCAAGCCCAAGGAGAUCCUCAUCGUCACGGAAGAGAAGAUGCUGGCUCCCUUGCAGGACCUCGCCAACGAGGUCGACCCGCAGCGCAUACGCGUCCUCACCGUCCCCUUCGCGAACAAGCGCCUGCAAAUGUCGCACGGCAUCAAGCACACAACAACGGAUAUCAUCGUGUUCGCGGACGACGACGCGAUCUGGCCACCGACUAUGCUCCCUUACAUGCUCGCGCCAUUCGAGGACCAGAAGGUCGGCGGUGUCGGCACGUCCCAGCGCGUCCAGCCGUGCGGCAAGCGCAUGACGGUCUGGGAGGUCCUUGCUGCCUUCCGGCUGACCAUCCGGAAUAUCGAGAUUGCCGCGUCGACGCACAUUGACGGCGGUAUCCCAUGUCUGUCGGGAAGAACAGCCGCGUACCGGACCAUCAUAUUGAAGGACCCCGAAUUCCUGUACGGCUUCACGCACGAUUACUGGCUGGGGAAGUAUCAGCUCAACUCGGGGGACGACAAGUUCUUGACGCGCUGGAUGGUCUCGCAUGGGUGGUCGACGUACGUGCAAUGCUGCAAAGAGGCGGAACUGCUGAGUACUAUGAAGCCAAACUGGAGGUUUUUGAAGCAGGUCUUGAGAUGGACACGAAAUACUUGGCGCUCCGACCUUCGCUCGCUCUUCAUGGAACGACACAUCUGGACCUCCCAUCCCUACGUCGCGUAUACCAUGGUCGACAAACUCUACAACCCCCUCACCCUCCUCGUCGGGCCUUGCCUCGUCUCAUACCUCUUGUACAAGUCCACCAAACCCGUGACCGAGGGCGGUUACCACUUACCAUGGUGGAACAUCCUCGCGUCGUAUGGCGUAUGGCUGACAGCGACGCGCACGGCGAAGUUGCUUCCCCAUCUGUGGCACCAGCCGGAGCAUAUCGUCUACGUACCUGCGUUCAUCGCGUUCGGCUACUACUUUGCCAUCAUGAAGCUAUAUGCCCUUGUAACGUUACACGAGACCGGCUGGGGCACGCGCGCCGGCAUAGGUGACAUCGCCGCGGCAACCGCGGCUGUAGAUGGCAAGCCCGCGGACAGCACCUACGACCACCUCCCCUUGCACAUAUCCACGGAAUAUACGCCGCACACCUCUGGCGCGGACGUCUCUUCCCCACAUCGACUCCGCGAACGGUAA